UGUUAAGAAAACUAUUUGUUUACGUUUGAAAUAUCUUUUAAACUUCGCACGAAAUUUAAGCCUUGUGAUUGGUUCAUUUCGUUUCAGAGCUCCGAGUCUUUUCCUACAGAGGGCAGUAGAGUCGACACGGGCAAAUAUUUUAAAGUUAUUAUCUUCGAAACAGUUACAUGAAGAAGUUGUAUUCUCUUCAUCGUGUCGUAUAAAUUAAAGUUUAAUUAUAUAAAUAAUUGUAUUACUCGUUAAAGUAAUUACUCUACGCAAAAAUAUAUCUUGUAGCAAGAUUUAUUUCUUGCUGGCAUAAUGUUAAUCCAUUUGAUCCUUUUCUCUGGGACAGUUCUUUCGUCCGUGUAUACAACUGCCUUAGAUACGAAGGAAUUAGUAGUUAUAAUCUUGAGUCAAAAAGAAGGUUACCAUGCUGCACAUGCUGAUAUUCUACAACGGAGUAUAAAGGAACAAGCUAGCAUUAUGGAAGUAGAAGUACCAAAAAUUGUGUUAACUCAUCAAUUAGAUGUUAAAGGAUCUUGGAUAGUCAUACCAUUGUUUACAUAUUUAUCAGAUAAUUAUUCAAAUGUAAAGUGGUAUUUUUUUUGUUUAGAAAAUACAGUCGUAAAAUUGAGUAAAUUGUUAAAUGUAUUUUCUCAAUUUAAUUCUAGUCAGGAAUUAUGGAUUGGACACGCAUUGUAUGAUGUUGAACCUACUAUCAUUCAUCAUUUUGCAGAUCAUAAAAAAAAAUUUAAAUAUCCCCAUAUUGCUACCGGAUUUGCGAUGACAUCGAAACUAUUAAAUAGAAUAGCACAGGAAAUUUCACUUGAAUUUAAUGCCAGUAAUGAUUUUUCUAUUGAUGCUUCUUAUGAAUUAGGAGGUUUUAUUUUGAGAAGCAAAAACCCUAUAAAAUUAACUCAUGUUCCUCAGCUAUGUGUUGUUUCUACCUCUGAUUGUGCAACCUAUCCUAGGUUCUUUCAUCCAUGUGAUACAACAAUUUCUUUGAAAAAUGUAUAUUUUGCGAUAAAAACUUGUGCCAAGUAUCAUACAGAAAGAAUCCCAAUCAUCAAAAAAACAUGGGCAAAAUAUGUUCUAAAUAUUGGAUAUUUUAGUGAUCAGGCAGAUAAAAACUUACCUGAGGCAUAUACUGUGACAAAUACUACUAAAGGACACUGUGCCAAAACUUACGAUAUUUUAAAAGCAGCUGCUAAUAUAUUGAAGAGUAAAAAUCUUGACUGGUUAAUCAUAAGCGAUGAUGAUACUAUUUUCAGUGUGGCACGAUUAAUGCGUUUAUUAACGUGUUAUUAUCCUAAGAAUCAAAUUGCUAUCGGCGAGCGUUAUGGUUAUCGAGUAUGGGAUAAUUCAUUUGGAUAUGAGUAUUUAACUGGUGGUGCUGGUAUUGCUCUGUCUGCACCUCUUGUUUAUCAAAUGAUUGAUUCAGAUGUUUGCAAAUGUCCAUCAUCAAAUACACCAGACGAUAUGUUUCUUUUUGGCAUAUGUUUACACAGACUGAAUGUACAACUUACUCAUUCUUCUUUAUUUCAUCAGGCUCGUCCUGCAGAUUAUGCUACUGCUUAUCUAGCCUCACAAGAACCUGUAUCCUUUCAUAAAUUCUGGAUGAUUGAUCCUAUAAAAGUAUAUAAUCAAUGGUUUUCUGAAGCAGAUAGUUCACUUCCUGUGCCCAGGAUACAUACUGAAUUAUGCCACUCUUCAUUUUCCGAUGGACCGAAUUGUUUUCUAAUCGCGCAAUAUCGUAAUGCUAUGACUACUGCAAGAUUAAGAAAACUCGAACAUAUCCAUGUAAUAUUAAAACGUCCUAUUGACAAUGCACCAAACGAUGCACCUAAAAGUAAUGUAGAUGUUACACCAGGUAACGGUAAAUGGGUAUCAAGAUCUCGUAUAGAUUGGAAAAUUUGUGCAGAAUAUCCAUAUGACGUUCUAUAUCUACAAAUUGAUCAAUGCAAAAAAAAUGCGCGCUAUUUAAAACCCGUAAUCCAUCAAUUGAUAGAAGAAAUUACGAAUCGUAGUACUUGUACCGUUUUUGUAACAGAUCAUAUUUAUCAUGGAUUAAUAAAUAGCAACAAGAACACUUUUAACAUCUUAAAAUAUAACAUCUUAUUGCGUGACAAUGAAGAAUUUUCUCCAGCAAGACAGCGUAUACAAAAAAUCCUUGCUCAUAGUAAAACAGCUAGAUGCAAUGGAUAUGUUAUACUUGUUGCUAAUGGCUUGUUAGUUUCCGAGUUUUUACAAUAUGUAGAAAGAAAAGAAUUAAUCAAUACUCAUGGCUUGUUUUUAUUAUUACACGAUUAUCGAAUUCUUACAUCUGAUUUGAAUUAUAUUUGGAAUAGAAUAAUUAAUGUUGUAUUUGUACAUCAGUAUAAGCCAUAUAAAUAUCGUUCAGGUGACACAUCUGCUCAACCAAUAAUUAAUUUAGAAACAGUAUACUUUCCAAAUCAAAAAAAAAAGUUUGUAAUAACGAAGUAUUUAGAUACAUGGUACAAUGGAAAAUUUCGUUAUGGUAAAAAUCACUUUGUACAACAAAUUUCAGAUCUUAAAGGAAAAACUCUAAGAGUUUCAGUUUUUGAACAUAUACCAGCUGUAACAAAAGAAUCAAAAAAGUUUUAUAAAGGUGGUCCCAGUUACAGUGCUAAAGGUUUAGGUGUUGAAUUUGAAUUAAUUCGUGUUAUAUCUCAAUUUAUGAACUUUAAGCCACAUUACUACAUGCCUUACAAUAUAGAGAAUGAUCGGUGGGGAGCAUUAGAUAAAAAUGAGACAUAUACUGGUCUUAUAGGAGAAGCAAUAGCAAGGAAAGCUACAUUUUAUAUUGGAGAUCUCCAUUAUACCUCCUAUCUUUUAAAAUUCUUUGAGUUAUCUAUCCCUUAUAAUACAGAAUGUCUUACUUUCUUAACACCAGAAUCUUUGACAGAUAAUUCAUGGAAACUUUUAAUUCUUCCUUUCAAGCUCUACACUUGGAUCACAAUACUUUUCACUCUUUUACUAGCAGGAGGAAUUAUCCAUCUGUUUUCAUUAUUUUAUCAGAAGCAUAUAAUUAUUUAUAAGGAUGUUAAACAUAAACUAGUCAAUAUUAAUGAGCUUGAUAAAAUAAAAGAAUUAAGGAUUAAACAAGCAAAAAAAGGCAUAUAUUUGUUUACAGAAGCACAGAAUAGCAUGUUAUAUACAUAUAGUAUGUUACUUUUGGUAUCAUUACCACGUUUGCCAAAUCCUUGGGCUUUAAGAGUACUUAUUGGAUGGUGGUGGAUUUACAGUAUUUUGGUUGUUGUAGUUUAUCGUGCCAGUAUGACAGCCAGCCUUGCUAAUCCUGUGGCUACAAUCACUAUUGAUACACUGAAUCAAUUAGCUAGAAGUUCGAUUUCUGUUGGUGGGUGGAGCAAAGAAAGUAAAGAAUUUUUUCUACAAUCUUUAGACUCUGAUAGUCAGGAAAUUGGUAAUAAAUUUCAGUUGAUAAAAGAUGAAAAAGAAUCUAUAGAAAAAGUAGCAAAUGGAUCUUUUGGUUAUUAUGAAAAUGAAUUUUCCUUGAGGUUUGCUCAUAUUACAAAAUAUGCACUGGAAGAAAAGCAACAAGAAAAUAAUACACAAAAUAUCAAAACAUCUGAUGUAAAACAUAAUUUACAUAUUAUGAAAGAUUGUAUAAUAAAUAUGCCGAUUGCUCUUGGAAUGGACAAAAAUUCUCCAUUAAAGCCAUAUGUUGAUUUAUGGGUUAGACGUAUGGUAGAAGUUGGUUUAGUAGAUAAAUGGUUAAGCGAUGUUAUUUAUCCGUCGCAACUUAUUGAAAAACAACAAGAGAAAAUGUCAGAGAAAGCAUUGGUUAAUCUCCAUAAGCUUUAUGGUGCUCUUGUCGCUCUUAGCAUUGGUUAUUUUUUUAGCUUAAUAGUAUUACUAUGGGAAAUUUUACAUUGGAAAUAUAUUAUUUUAAACAAUCCUAAAUACGAUAAAUAUCAUUUAGAUAAAUUCUAUGCAAAAAUAUGAAUACAUUUCUGAAAUACUGUAUUAGAAAAAAGUGUUCACAUCGACGUUUAUAUUUAGUUCCGAUAUUUAUGUAUAUAUAUUUAUAUCAAAGUAUAUUUAUUAAAAAUUAAUUUUAAUUUAUUAUAUACUUACUUUCUCG